AUGGUUAGGGCACCAGUGGACCGCGGUGAGGGACAGAUUUCAGGAGCUAAUAUUGAGGAUAGAGCUAUGCCGAGGCUUGGACGAGAGUUAUAUGAGAUGGAGCAGCUACGUAAUACAAAUCCCCUCGAGUUUUCUGGAGAGGGGGAGGGUUUUAAGGCUGGGGAGUGGUUGCGCCAAGUGAGCAGGCGAUUGGAGACUUUGGCUAUACCGGACAAUAGGAGGAUGACGUUGAUCUCAUAUUAUUUGAGGGGGAUAGAUUUUGAGUGGUGGGAUUCCUUGGAUCAAAGGAAGAAUGAUUUGACUUGGGUGUCCUUUGAGUUACUAUCCAUGCAGCGGUUCGUGCCAUGGUCUUUCCAGGCGGAUAAGGCCAAACAGUAUCUUGAUUUGGUGCAAACACCCGAGAUGACAGUGUCACAGUAUAGCAAGAAGUAUGAGGAGUUGUACAAGUAUGGGAAGAAGUAUGCUCCGGAUGAUGAAAGCAAAGCUGAGAAAUACCGAGAUGGUCUACUCCCGAGCAUUGGCAGGAUGGUGAUUGCUUCUAGGGUGAGGACUUAUGAUGAGACGGUGGAUAUGGCACUAGAGUUAGAGCAAGGAGAGCGCAACUCCCGCCAGUAUUGGGAUGUGCAGAAAGGUCAUAAAGCUUCAACAAUUAGUGACAGUGGAGGAGGUAGCCAAAAGAAACCGAGGACUGAGUUUCAGGGCUUGAGGGGCCAGAAGGUUGAGCAAGGCAAAGGUUCGAGGCCAAGGGAUGGCAAGAUUGUGUGUUACAAGUGCGGUCGGGAGGGCCAUAAGAAGAAUCAGUGCACCGUCAUUGGAGUCAAGUGUUAUGGGUGUGGUACGGUUGGUCAUAGGAAGCAUGAGUGUCCACGGGGUGGUAGAGCUUCAGAGCAGUCACAAGCACCGGGUUUACCAUCACCAGCUCCUACUCCAACUCUUACUUUUACUGUUCCGUCAGGAGGAAGGGGGCGAGGUGGGGCUAAGCAGCAGACAACAUUGACUCAGGGGAGAGCAUUUGCAUUAGGACACCAUGAGGCAUCUGAGCAUCCUAACUUUAUUGGAGGUACCUUUCUCAUUUCAAACUGUUGGGCAAAGGUAUUAUUUGAUUCAGGAGCUACGACAUCAUUCAUUUCUACGUCCCUUGCGCAUGCAUUGAGUUUGAAAAUCUCUCCAAUGAGGUGA